AUGGACUUCUUCAUCUGGUUUCAAUCUCUUCCAACAGCGCAAAUAGCUUUUGUUCUCAUCUUUUUUGCGUCCUUUGUCAAAGUCAUUCAUCAAGCAUACCUCACACCUCUGCGCAAGAUUCCCGGCCCAUGGUAUGCGCGAUUCACCCAUCUCGUUCUAAAAUACCAUGUAAUUACCGGUCGUCGCAUCCACUACAUCCAUUCCCUCCACCAAACGUAUGGACACAUAGUCCUCGUUGCUCCAAACGAAGUAUCAUGUUCUUCGCUUUCUUCUUUCAAAACUAUCCACCGCAUCUCCAAGACUUUCCUCAAAUCUACUUGGUAUCACAGUUUUGUGACUGGACCGGAGAAUGUUUUCAGCAUGGUUGAUCCAAAACUCCAUGGCGUCCGUCGCAAAAUGUUUGCACAUGCUUUCAGUAAGAGUUCUUUGAAAGCAACUUGGGAGAGUGAGGUUAGGAAGAAGACGAAUAUUGUUGUGAAUAAAAUUAAAAGAGAUGCUUUGCUAGGAGAAGUGGACAUCUUGAAAUUCUUCAUGUUCAUGGCUACAGAUGUCAUUGGGCAUCUCUGUUUUGGAGAGAGUUUUGGGACACUAGAAAAGGAACAGAAAACUCAAUACAUCGAAGAUCUUCAACGUGUGAGCACAAUAUCCGGUAUUCGUGCUGAGUUUCCGAGGCUUUUCAAGAUUGGAAAGAUGUCAGGUCUCUCUUUCCUCAAGACUCCCGAUGAUCGACUUUCUGAGUAUGCAUCGUUGGCUGUCCGAAAUGCAAAAUCACAGAGUGAUGCUACUCCUAAUAUAUUCCGCAAGAUACUCGCCGAAGGAAAAUCGGAGAGUGCCGAGGGAUCACUGUCAGAUUUGGACAUUCGACAGGAGGCCACGGCCUUUAUUGUAGCUGGGACUGAUACGACCGCUAAUUCGCUUACAUUCCUGGUAUACAAUAUUUUGAAGCAUCCUAACCUGCGGACACAAAUAGAAGAUGAGGUUGACACUUUAGGCGAUGAAUUUGAAUCUAAGGAUGUGGAAGGAUUACAGUUGUUGAAUGCGGUUAUCGAUGAAGGAUUGAGGCUAUGGGGAGCAGCGCCAGGAAGUCUCCCCAGAAUGGUUCCUCAUGAAGGUGUUGAAUUAGAUGGAUACUUCCUCCCUGGAUCCAUGACAGUCUCCACGCAAUCUUACACAAUUCACCGGGAUCCGGAAAUUUUUCCAGAGCCUGAAAGGUUUGAUCCCCAACGCUGGCUCGGUCCCAAAUCAGAUGACUUCAAAAGUGCAAAUCAUGCCUUCGGUGCAGGAACACGCACAUGUAUUGGUAUUCAUUUAGCGAGAAUGGAAAUGCAGUUAGUUCUUGCUUCAUUCUUCAGGGAGUGCAAAGGAAUGAGAAUUGCCUCGAGCCAAGAUGAUGAGGGAAUGGAAAUUGAGAACUUCUUUUUGAUUGGGCCAAAGGGACAUAAAUGUGCCCUUACGAUGAGAGAGGGGUUUUAA